AACCAGAUUAUAACAGAAUUAACUACACAACUGAAACUCGAGUUAAGAACCGGAACAGAAUCCAAUUCAACCAAACCGAACCAAACCGGGUGUUUUUUUGCAAUGGUGAAGCAAGCGAUCAAGGAAGAGGAGAAGAAGAGAAACACGGCGAUGCAGUCAAAGUACAAAGGAGUGAGGAAGAGGAAAUGGGGAAAAUGGGUAUCGGAGAUCAGACUUCCACAUAGCAGAGAACGUAUCUGGUUAGGCUCUUACGACACUCCAGAGAAGGCGGCGCGUGCUUUCGACGCCGCUCAAUUUUGUCUCCGCGGCGGAGAAGCUAAUUUCAAUUUCCCAGAUAAUCCACCGUCGAUCUCCGGAGGAAGGUCUUUGACACCUCCGGAGAUUCAGGAAGCGGCUGCGCGAUUCGCCAACGCUACCCAAGACAGUGUUGUUGUUGUCAAGGGAGAAGAAGAAGAAGAAUCGGGUUUAGUACCCGGAUCCGAGAUCCGACCAGAGUCUCCUUCUACCUCUGCAUCUUUAGCUACAUCGACGGUGGAUUAUGACCUUUCGUUUUUCGAUUUGCUUCCGAUGGAUUUCGGCAAGAGACCUCAUCUAAUGAUCCGUAAAUUGUCUGAGAUGUUGGUUCCAAGAAGCAGAUCUGCUGCUAUUAAACCGGAGGAGUACACGGCCAGUCCGAGAAGUCCCUUGGAUUUGAACUUCCCCUCGCCGGUUAACUCGAAGCGGUUCGGUUCCGGUGGUGUCGGUUUGGGUAUCGUUGCUGCGUUGGAGGAAACUAGCAACGGGAUUAACCGGCACGAUCCGGUUCGUUACUCUGGGAGAUUCAGGUGUCCCGAGAUAGAUCUGUCGGAUGAGGAAUACACUUAUGUCACGAGCCCAAACGGACCGACUAAAGUGUAUUACAACGACGACGGGUUUGAAUUGUGUGAUAAUGAUUAUCGGAGAGUGCAUAAACCGAUGGUGAUUGUCGAUGAACCACCGGUUAUUAAAAGACAGAGUUUUAGGGAUCCGACUGAGUUUCUGAGUUCGUGUUGCUUGUGUAAGAAGAAACUUCAAGGCAAAGACGUAUACAUGUACAAAGGAGAGAUGGGAUUUUGUAGUGCUGAAUGCAGAUCAGUGCAAAUAAUGAAUGACGAACGAAAAGAGCAAUGUAAGACGCAAGUUUCAAGAAACGUCGACGUUUCGAGCUCUCCUUACGCCGCCGGACAGAGAUUAUCUGCCGGGAUAUUCGUAUUUUAGUAUGAUCACAAUUCACAAUAAUUCGAAGAGAAGUAU